ACUGUUUUCUCUUUUCUGUACAGUAUUAUAUCGUAAUUGCGACCCAUUUCUGCUUCCAUUGCCCCCCCAGACUUUACCAUGGAGACUUUAGGCCGACUGCCCCGACGACUGACCAAGCUGUACUCCGACACGAAGACGUCCUGCGACGCCGUAAUCGAGCAGGACACCACCGACACCCUCCCCGAACUCAGCGCCCUGAACCGCAAGUACCGCAUACAGAAGAAUCGGCUCAUUGCCUGGGGUCUGGAAUGGAGCGAUAACGGCGCAUCGGAUCAGGGGGACAUUGACGACUCGCUGGAGCGCGCGGGCCUGGCACAGACAGUGACGAGCGUCCUGGGCACAAUUAAAGAGAUAUUAGACGAGGCAGAGAAUAUGCAGCCGCCCGCACACUCUGCGGGGGCGAAGAGCGUUGCUGAGGAGAAGAGCGGGGCGCGUCCUCAAAGUGCCGUCUCGUGGGCGGCCUCCGACAGAUCGCGAUAUGAGGACCUGGCGAAGGACCUCACUAGUUCUAUCGACACUCUGUAUCAACUAUCAGAGUCGCGGAGGGCGUUUCGACAGAACACGCGUGGACUUAGUCCUGGUCCUGUUGGGAAGCUUGGCUUAGAGGUCUCCAAGACCCCCUCGCCAUCCGUCUUCCUAUCCUCCGACUACAACGCAUCAGACGUCACUCUAAUAAACCCUGCGACGCUGCCCCAUGGCGCGAACAUAUCUUUCAGAUCAGGACUGCCCCCUAAACUCGACCCUUCGGAUCUUAGUUUGCCAGAAGAAGAGCCUCCUCCAUACGAGAGCGUUGGAGCGACCACUACCACAAAACUCAUUGGACGUCUUCGCCAAUCACAUAGCUCAACAAACCCCUGGAAGACGGACGGAAGUAAGACCAUCGAGACUCCUGUGCUAGUUGAAUAUGCUGCCUACGAUCCUACCUACCGACUCACCGGCAUCUCACCCUCUCUGGAUCGUCUGGACUCCCUCUUGUCCAUUCUCGUCAAGUUAGGAUCUGAACAGUCCUUCCACGGAACCCUUCAAUGUGUUGGAUAUUUUGAAGAUCCGAAGCAGCCUAGAUUUGGAUUGGUUUUUGAGCUUCCUUCCUUCGUGUAUUCCGGACCAGUCGACUCGCAUAAGCGGGUCGAAGAUAUGAGACCGGUCACUUUACUGAGCGUUCUUCAGUCUGGCUCGAAGUCUAUUCACAACUCGAACAGCACAACACCCCCUCUUGAGGACCGCUUCCGCUUGGGCUUCACUUUGGCUCUCACUUUUAGCAAGCUUCAUGCAGAGAACAUGGUUCACAAAGACGUCAACAGCAGUAACAUCGUUGUCUUCCGCAAAAACAGGCCGGCUCAUCAAUCGAACAACAACAGAGCACUCGAUUUCGCCCUCCGAUCGCCAGUCAUCUGCUCCUUCGAUCUCUUUUCUGAGUACGACAUCGAACCUGCGAAGACGAUGUCUUCACCGAACAUCUAUCGACAUCCAGAAGACCCAAAAUUCACAGGUGUCAAGUCACAGGACUACGGUCCCCAAUUUGACAUGUAUGGUCUCGGAUUGAUUCUUCUCGAAAUUGGGCUUUGGACCCCUCUUUCCGAUCUCUGGAAGGCUAAGUAUACUCUUGCUGAUUUCAAACUUCGCCUAGAAGAAAUAUACAUUAGACGCCUGGCCUCCAAGUGUGGAACCGCUUACAUGCAAGUCGUGCGCGAUUGCUUCUUGGCUGCAGACCAACGAGCGUCGGGUCUCGAGACCUUUGAGACAUUCAGCCAGAUCUACAAUCGGAUGCUCUUGCGGCUGCGCCGAUGCUGCGCCCUUGACGAAUCCGAUCCUCUGCCUGAUUGGAACCAAACAAGCGCACAGUCGGCAUCAUCAGGCCUUAUGCCAAAGCGGAAGAGCGUCACCCAAAUUCCCAUGGGAGGAGAAACGCCAACCAGCCCAUCAGCUUACAGGGAUGCGAAACGGUGGGCGAUCGAAAAAGGUUCCCACAUUUUGGAGAGAAGCACAUCGCGUUCCAAACACGUAUCAAAGCCAUCAUAUGGCUCGUCACCGAAUCUGUCGUCACCUAAUCUGACGUCAUUGUCUCGAAACAACUCCAAGUCUUCUCAGCAUUCUUUGUCUCUCCACAAGAAAUUCUCCCAGAGCAUCCAGGGCCUGAAAUCACCAAAAGAGCCCGAGACAGACACCAUGGAUUGGCAAACACCAAAUCUUCGCAUUGAUCCCCUUGAGGAGUCAGGGACACUGGUGCCAUCAUCCAAGGCCUCAAGUCCAUACCUCGAUCACAAGGACGAGCUGUCCGUGUUGCGUGCGGAGCGAAUGGGAAAUGCAGCGAGCGUUAUCCAGCGUGCAUGGAGAGCGCGGAACCAGUCAAAGCAAUUCAAAGACUACAGGGGUAAGAUUGAGGUCAUCCAGAAACACUGGCGCGAAAGGAAGACCAGUCGGUCCGGUUCCAUCGCUGCUCUUGUUGAGACCAGCACCCAACAUUGGCCAGAGGCAGGCCUUGGAUUUCCGACAGUCGAGGCUCCUCGGGAGCCAGAAGCUCGUAUAGUUGGAGCAAACCCUGAUUUCGUGAGGUCCUCAAUCCAGAUAGACACCGACAUCGAACCAGCUCCACGCCGAAAACUUCGCGUUCAUCCAGUCAAGUUCCCUCCGAUCAUUGUGGAUAAAUGGCAUAUGACUAUGCUUCCGAAACUCGAACGUCUGAUUGCGCGAACUCUUAAGGAUUCGCAGGAAACUGUCAGUAUCGACCUUCUCGCUAUUGGCGAAACUCAGACUACAACCCGGCCUACUAUAUUCGUGACGUGCACUAGCACUGCGAGAGUUAAGGGCGUCCUCUCUCGCAAAUUUAAGUACGAUGAAUCAGUCUUCGACCUCAAAGUCCGACGUGGAAAGAUCAGGCGUUCGAAGCUCACCAGGCCAAGCCGCAGAAGGAAGCAACCUCAUCGAUCAAUGAUGAACGAUGAAGCGUACUCAGCCGACAUGCAAGUCAUGAAUCCCUUUCACCAACAGCGCCCUCUCUGCGGGGCAUCCAUCGGCGCCUUCCGCGACGAGCAUCUCCCACCCGUCUCCUAUGGUGGCGUCAUCAUGGUAGACAACGAACCCCUAGGAAUGAGCGUGCACCACCUCCUCGACGCCCCUAGCGAAGACGACGACAGCGAAUACGGCGAAGAAUAUCAAUCCCCCGACGAAACCACCCGCUCCAGCGCGCAAGGCAACCCCUGGCUCGCAGGGAUGGGCUCCCAACCGGGCCUCGAAAUCGGCGAAACCGCAAUGUUCGACUUCGAGAUCUCCGACGACGAAAAGAGCGACGACGACGACCUCGACCUCGCCUACGAGUCCUCAGAAGAUCUAACCUCAGACUCCGACCUCGAUAGCGACGAAGAAGCAGAAGACCUCGACCACUCUGGCGACAUCGACGGCAUCAACAUCGGCGAAGGCGACGACAUCGUCAUCACGCAGCCCGCAAUCGACGACGUCGACGACGACUUCUUCCCCGAGCCCGACGACCGCGACGAUGACCACAUCUCCUCCCACAAGCUGGGCCACGUGCACGCCUCGUCGGGCAUCCGGCGCUGGAACCGCGGCGGCAUCGUGCACGAGAUCGACUGGGCGCUGUUGAAGCUCGACACGGAGCGCCUGCAGCCGUACAACCUCGUCCAGGGCGGGCGCCGCUUCUGCCCGACCCGCGCGCCGCCCGAGCUGUGCCCGAACCUCGCGGAGCCCGUGUGCCGGCGCCAUUUCAAGCCCGAGGACGACGAGUACCCCAGCCAGGUCGCGGCGGCCGACGGGCUGGGCGGGCUGAGCGUGCACUGCUUUGGGCGCACGUCGGGGCUGAAGGGGGGCGUCGUGGGCGCGGCGAUGAGCAGCGUGCGCAUCUAUAAACGGAAAACGUUUUCGCGGAGCUGGCAUGUGGUUGGCGGGUUUGGAGUCGGCGGCGACUCGGGCGCCUGGGUCAUCGAGAACAACCACGGCCGCGUGUGUGGCCACGUGCUGGCGUGGUGCGCGCGCAACCGCCUCGCGUACAUCUGCCCCAUGCAGGUGCUGUUGGAGGAUAUCAAGCGCACCCUCGGCGCGCGCCGCAUCUACCUCCCCGGCUCGGACGACGACCCCCAGAUCGCGGAAGAGGUCAGGGAGGUUAUCAUCGGCCGCUCGCCGGUCGAGUUCGAGCUUCCGGAUCUGCAGAGGUUGAGGCUGGUGGGCAAGGAGGGCGAGAAGGAGAUGGCGCCCGUGCUGCGGAGUCGGGUCGGCUUGGGGGUUGUGGGCGUGGGCGUGGGUGGGGAGAGGGUGAGACAGGUCGCGUGA